AAGCCCCCCAGCUGGCAGUGGCUGAACCCCGGGUGUCUGUACUAGAGGGAGGAGAGGCCUGGUUGGAUUGUGCUCUCCAGGGAGGCACACCACCUGUUCAGCUCCUCUGGCUGGGACCCCAGCAACAGCAGUUGGAACACAGCAUUUCUGGAUUCAUGCUGCACCCUGAGGGUGCCCAGCUGCACCUUCAAAUCCUAGAUGCUGACCCAGCACACCACAGCGGCACCUACCAAUGCAUGGCCUACAAUGCCGUGGGUAACAGCAGCCAGCACGUGCUGUUGGAGGUCCUGAGGUAUCCAGCCCCUCCCAACGUCACCAUCAGCCGCCUGACCUAUAGGUGGCACCGAAGAGAAGUUCAGCUGCAGUGGGCCAUCCAGGGCCCUGGGAACCUGACCGGCUUUCUGGUGCAGCGGAGGGCCAGUGUCCCCAGCCCAGAAGCUGGGACAUGGGAGACUGCAGCUAGUGACAUCGAGCCAGAGAGCAGGGGCCGUCGCCUGGGAGGGUUGGACCCAGGGGUCCUGUAUGCCUUCCGCAUCCUGGCUCUGAAUCACCACACUGUGGGGCAUCCUUCAGAAGUGAAGACACCAGCGGACCCUGCCUUUAUUGCUUACCCAGCUGUGCUGGGUGCUGCGGGCACCGGAAUGGUGGUGGCAUUGGUGGUCUCUCUAUUGGUGUUCCAGUAUGCUGCCCGGCACCCGCAGACUUUCCCCUGCCUUGGCCAGCUGCUUGUUCCCAUAGAGCCCACGCAGCAACAGAGGGGCUCCAGGGAUGGUACUGAGGCACCAGCAGGCAUUGAAACGGCAGCUACCACCUCAAGUUCAGAUCCUUCACAAGAAUCCACUGAUGCUCCAGUAAAUGUCACUAUCACAGUGACUGCAACAUCAUGA